AUGGAAGACUCCAAUCAAAACACUCAGGAACAAGUAAUUACUCCUUGGGAGGUUGAAGGUGCUGUGAUUGACGGUAAAGCUCAGGCAAUUGAUUAUGAUAAACUUAUCGAAAAAUUUGGAACCCGCCAUAUCGACGAAGAACUUCUAAAAAGAUUUGAAAGUUUAACCGGAAGAAAAUGUCAUGUUUUUCUCAGAAGAGGCGUCUUUUUUUCUCAUAGAGAACUUACACGUAUUCUGGAUCGUUUCGAACAAAAGAAACCUUUCUACCUCUAUACAGGACGCGGCCCAAGCAGCGCAAGCAUGCAUCUUGGGCAUAUGGUCCCGUUCAUUUUUUGCCAAUGGUUGCAAGAAGUUUUUGAUGUUCCACUUGUCAUUCAAUUGACUGAUGAUGAAAAAUUCCUUUUCAAGUCUGACCUAUCAUUAGAGAAGGCACGUCAAUUUUCAUAUGAAAACGCAAAAGAUAUUAUAGCGUGUGGUUUUAAAUUAGAAAAGACUUUUAUCUUUUCCAAUCUUGAUUGUGUCGGUGGUGCUUUUUAUCACAACAUUGUAAAGAUUUCAAAGUGCAUUACUGCUAGUCAAUCCAAGGCUACCUUUGGUUUCAAUGAUAGUGAUUGUAUCGGAAAAUUACAUUUUGUUGCUGUACAAGCUGCACCAUCAUUUUCUAACAGUUUCCCACAAAUAUUUGGCUCGCGUUUUGACAUACCUUGUUUAAUCCCUUGUGCUAUUGAUCAGGAUCCAUAUUUCCGGCUGACACGUGAUGUUGCACAUAAACUCAAGUAUCCAAAACCCUGUCUAAUUCAUUCUAAAUUUUUUCCUGCGCUUCAGGGUCCUCAAACUAAAAUGAGCGCGUCUGUGGAUAACUCUGCAAUAUUUAUGUCUGAUACACCUAAUCAAAUAAAAAAAAAGAUUAAUAAAUUUGCCUUCUCGGGUGGCGGUGACACACUUGAACUCCAUAAAUUACAUGGAGGAAAUCCGGAUGUUGAUGUCGCAUAUCAAUAUUUAGCUGUGUUUUUAGAUGAUGAUGUCGAAUUGGCCGAUAUUUAUAAGAAAUAUAAGGCAGGAGAAAUGAUGACGGGAGAAUUAAAAGACCGUUGUAUUAAAAUCUUACAAAAAUUUGUUGGGGAUUUUCAACAGCGUAAAUCCGAAAUAACUGAAGAAACUUUAAAGACAUUCAUGGAUCCAAAUAGAAAAAUUUUAGUGGAAGGAAUUUAA